GGGAGAAAUCCGAUCGAGCAUUUUGAUUGGCCGUGCGUGCGUCGUAAAACAUAUAAAUCAGACGACUUUUCAUGUUUUCGGCAUCAGUCUACGUUGUGCGUGCAGAGCAGCAAGUUUCUCUAGUACUCGACAACAAUCAAUAACUAAAUAUGACGGGACGCGGUAAAGGAGGAAAAGGACUUGGCAAAGGAGGCGCCAAACGUCAUCGUAAAGUGUUGCGUGAUAACAUCCAAGGAAUAACCAAACCUGCCAUUCGUCGGUUGGCUCGCCGUGGAGGAGUGAAGCGUAUCUCCGGUUUGAUCUACGAAGAAACACGUGGCGUCUUGAAAGUGUUCCUGGAAAACGUAAUCCGCGACGCUGUGACGUACACCGAACACGCCAAGAGGAAAACAGUCACCGCCAUGGACGUCGUUUACGCGCUAAAACGUCAAGGCCGUACCCUUUACGGUUUUGGAGGCUAAGCCACGCACACACACACACCCACAUACGUACACUUUUAAAAAGGCCCUUUUCA